UUUUGUGUUCUCUUUGCUUUAAUAUUUUUGGUUAUUCCCGAGAGAUUUAUUUUUUGUUUUUUUAACAAUUGUGUAAAUUCUUGCAGUUUAUUUUUUUUAGUGUUUUCUUCUGUUAAAAUAUAUUUAUUUAAUUUUCAGAAAUAUUAUUUUAAAUAAUAUGGAAAACUCAGCACGUCAGGAUGCUUUGGGUGAAGUUUUAGAAGCUGUAGAAUCUGUUACCUCAUCUCGAGAAUUUCAGGAUUCUAUGGCUAAAAUUAUAGAAGAGAGAUUAAAUAAUAAUCAUACAGCGUCAAAAGCUGAUAGAAUUAUUGAAGAAUGUUCGUUAGCUGCUAAUGGUGAAAAAGAAUUGGCUGCUUUAAUUAAGGAAAAGGCUAAUGAGUUUUUCAAAGAGGAUCAAUAUGAUAUUGCUGCGGAAUUAUACACAAAAUGUAUUCUUUUGGAUUCUUCACUGGCCCUUUAUUAUGGAAAUCGUUCUUUUGCUUAUUUAAAGAAAGAGCUUUAUGGUUUAGCUUUGUCAGAUGCAAAUAAGGCAAUUGAAUUAGAUCCAACUUAUGUUAAGGCUUAUUAUAGACGUGCAUCAGCCAAUAUGGCUCUAAGCAAGUUUAAUUUGGCUUUGGCAGAUUAUGAUCGAGUUCGAAAAAUGAGUCCAACAAAUAAAGAUGCUCAAAACAAAUAUCAGGAAUGCAAUAAAAUUGUUAGAAGAUUGGCUUUUGAGAAGGCUAUUUCUUCUGAUCAUUCAACUACGAGUGUGGCAGAUUCUAUUAAAUUGGAUGAUUAUGUGGAAACCACCUAUUUUGGACCUCGUUUGGAUGGCGAAAUUAAUAUGGAAUUUAUGGAAAAAUUAAUUCAAUCAUUUAAAGACCAACAAAAAUUACACAUUAAAUAUGCUUAUAAGAUUUUAUUGUUAGUGCGUGAAUAUUUAAUUAAACUUCCUUCACUUGUAGACAUUAAAGUACCUCCAAAACAUAAAUUUACAAUUUGUGGAGAUAUUCAUGGACAAUUUUAUGAUCUUUGCAAUAUUUUUGAAAUUAAUGGUCUUCCAUCAGAAGAGAAUCCUUAUCUUUUCAAUGGAGAUUUUGUUGACAGAGGUUCUUUCUCUGUUGAGGCAAUUUUCACUCUUUUUGGCUUCAAAUUAUUAUUACCAAACCAUUUUUAUAUGAGCAGAGGAAACCAUGAAUCUGAUGUUAUGAAUAAAAUGUAUGGAUUCGAAGGAGAAGUUAAAAGUAAAUAUAACACAAAAAUGGCAGAACUUUUUACUGAAAUAUUUAAUUAUUUACCUCUUUGCCAUGUUAUUAAUGAAAGAAUUUUUGUUUGUCAUGGAGGUCUAUUUCAAGAAGAUGGUGUUACUUUGGAUAGAAUAAGGAAAGUUAAUCGAAAUAGACAACCACCAGAUGAAGGAAUUAUGUGUGAUUUGCUUUGGUCUGACCCGCAAGAAUUCUCUGGACGUUCUCCAUCUAAAAGAGGCGUUGGUACUCAAUUUGGACCUGACAUAACUCAAAAAUUUUUGAAAGAGAACGGGUUACUUUAUGUUAUAAGAAGUCACGAAGUAAAACCGGAAGGUUAUGAAUCUCAUCAUGGUGGGAAAUGUUGGACAAUCUUUAGUGCUCCUAACUAUUGUGAUACAAUUGGAAACAAAGGCGCCUUCAUCACUAUUACGGGAGAUAAAUUAUUCCCUCCCAAACUUGUUUCGUUUGAAGCUGUUCCACAUCCAAAGGUCCGGGCAAUGGCAUAUGCUUCUUCUAUGUUUAGCUUCAUUUCUUAG